AUGGGUGGACUCGAUGCGGUGCCGAUAUCGAAGGCCAGCUGCACCGACGUUGGGCGCGCCGGGAAGCGAGGAUGCAUGGAUGACAUGCAGGUGGCUGCAGAUGUUAGUCGCGUGACCUAUGGAACUACAACGGGACUUCAUCUGAUCGCGGCAAAGAACAUGUGCCGCAUGAGCAUCACAAACUCGAGUGCCAGCGAACGUCACCAGACAUCACGUACGAAGGAGCAAAAUGUUCAAGCAAAAAUCCAAUCCCUCAUGAUAUUCGUCCCACGAGCUUCGCGCUGA